CUCGUCUGGAGCUCUAUCUUGCUGUCAUCUCCCCCCACUUCUCUCCCCACAAGCACUCUUGAUUUGAGGUGCUUUGGUUUGACCUUGUUAUUUGUCUUCUGGUCAUAUCGGAUACGCUUUUAUCACACUUCCCUUGAACAGAAGAAGAUCGAGCUCUCCUUCCGGGGCAUGUGUGGCUUGCUUCUGUCCGCUUAACUCUAUAAUAAAGACAUCCUUUCCUCCCUUCCAUUAUGCUUAGUCGCGCCGUCCUCCCUCUGGCAAGGGCCAACGUCCUCCCUUCUACCGUCCGCCUAUCAGCCUCCUCUGUCGCCCAGUCGCGAUGGUACGCCAAAGUGGGCAAGCCUAAGGCUCCGUAUAAGCUCCCCGAUUCCGUCACUCCGUCCAAAGCCGACCACCCGGCCCCGUCUUCGGAGCAGAAACAGUAUUCAGCAGAGCAACCGGAGUUUGAGACGCCCGCCGAUGCCCAGAAGAAUACCGCAAACCAGACUUCGGAACCGACCGAACCCACCUCCGCCGCCCCCGAAACGGAUGCGUCGCAGAAACCGCUCCCGGAUCUCACCCAGGGGAUUCCCUCCACGCUGGCCGCAGAGUUGGAAGGCCGUCAGAAGAGCCGCGGACCCACCCAUUUGAAUCUCACGGAGGACCCCUCGCGAGCGGAGGAGUAUACCGAUGAUGGCUCGGGCGGCGAUAUCCCCAAGGACGGUUACGUCUCCUCGAUGGACCGCCGCAGGGCCCGCAUGGCCAAACUGAUGUAUGUGCUGUUCUUGAUGGCGGGUGCUGGCGGUGUGUCCUACCUGGGACGGAACUGGGAUACGGAAGAGGAGGAGCGGCUCCAUCCGGAGCAGCCCUCCGGCUGGGGUCUGGGGCUCUGGUACAACCGCGUCCGCGCCCGUUUCCUUGACCUCACGAGCUACUACAAAGACCCUGCCUUCCCGAAGCUGCUCCCCGAUGAGGACCCCAACUACCGCCAGCCGUACACCCUGGUGUUGAGUUUGGAAGAUCUCCUCGUGCACAGCGAGUGGAGCCGUGAACACGGAUGGCGGGUGGCCAAGCGUCCGGGAGUCGACUACUUCCUGCGCUACCUCAACCAGUACUAUGAGCUCGUCCUCUUCACCAGUGUGCCCAGCAUGAUGGCGGACCAGGUUCUCCGCAAGCUCGACCCCUACCGUAUCAUCCGUUGGCCCUUGUUCCGUGAAGCGACCAAGUACAAGGACGGUGAAUAUGUCAAGGAUCUUUCGUACCUCAACCGUGACCUGUCCAAGGUUAUCGUGAUCGAUACCAAGGAGGAGCACGUCCACCUGCAGCCCGAGAACUCCAUCAUCCUCGACAAGUGGAACGGCGACUCGAAGGAUAAGACUCUGGUCGCACUGAUCCCCUUCCUCGAGUACUUGGCCGGUAUGGGUGUGGACGACGUGCGACCCGUGAUCAAGUCCUUCGACGGCACGUUCAUCCCCCUGGAGUUCAGCAAGCGCGAGAAGGCCAUGCGCGAGCGAUUCGAGGCGCAACUGGCCGAGGAGCAGAAGAAGCGCCCCCGCAGCGGGAUGGGCACCCUGGCGUCCGCUCUGGGGCUGAAGUCCGGCCGCACCAUGGACGGCGAGCAGUCCCCCUCCGAGGGCCUCGAGCAAGGCAAGAUGCUCUGGGACCAGAUCCGCGAGCGGGGCCAGAAGAACUACCAGAUGAUCGAGAGCGAGAUCCGCGCGAACGGCGAGAAGUGGCUGGCCGAGAUGGCUGCCGAGGAGGAGAAGGCCCGCCAGGAGCAGAUGGACCAGAUGAAGGGCUCUUUCACCAGCAUGUUCGGCGCUGGCAAGAAGGAGUAAUUCAACUGUUGAAGUGUGCUUGACUGUUACUUCUUCUUCCCCUUUCUCCCCUCCUCCCUUAUCUGUCUUUCUAUAAUGUGUGCCUGCGGUGUUUGAUUUCUUUUCUCGUUUCAUUGUCCGGGGCGGGUUCAUAUUAGAGGGUUCUUGUUUGACUCCUGAGCAUCAUUGUCAAGGGCGAUUGUAAAAUAGCAUUUGGAUGUUUUUUAAUGGUCUGUAUAAAUUGGAUUCUGUUUUUAAUUGCUGGGAGGCGGAUUUGCUGGGUAUCUAUUUGAUGGAAAAGUUGAUCCCUGAAUUAUUAGGUACCGUUUGUAUGCGAAUGGGAAUGGGAUGCGAAUGGCGAAUGUUGGUUAGAGGAUAGAUCUCAGGAGAAACAAGAA